CAUUUCAGUGCAAGAUUUUAAAAUAUUUAACUGUUCAAUGUAAUUUUAUCUGGAAAUAUUUGCCACCUUCCGCCGGACUUGUUUUGAAAGCGCACCGAGAAGCCCGGGUUGCAGUGGGGAAUGGGAGGAAUGAGGACCGACAUCGCAGCCUGUUCAAUGUGCUGACCAGAUAACCCAUGUGGAGAGGCCUGCUGCUGAAGGGCACUGCCUGUGUCUUGCAGGCGGCAGCCCAGAGGUUUCUCCACCAAAGACACUUUUCAUCUCCGAGUUUGAGCCUCCUCACCCAGAGGCUCCUCCACAGGCCUGCUACAGCUCCACUAAGACUGCAGGGUACUGGCUACUUCCUGGCACACAGGUGGGAUAGGGGCUACAAAAAGGACACCAAGUCUACCGAGUUCCCAGUGAGUCUAGUGACGAUCACAGAUAUCAAACAGUAUCUUCGCUCCAAAGACCUUUCCUUCCACGAUGGCUACAGCUGCCUCCACAUCCCCAGCAUCUUCGUCGAGGCGUCUGCCAGGAAGGACAGCUUCUCCCUGUUCAUCGACAAAACCACCGGGCAGUUCCUGUGUAAGGACACGCUGGUGGAGGGCAGCUGGGAGGACCUGCAGGACUGUCUGGAGGUGAUGCAGAAGGAGGAGCAGGACUUCCUCAGCCCUCAUGUGCUGCUGGGCUAUCUGGAGAGCGUGGAGGAGCAGGAGGAGAGGGAGAGGGAGCUGAGGGAGGUGCAGAGCAUCUGGUCCAGCUCGGUUCCCCUCAGUGACCUCCCCGAAGACGAGGCCGAGCUCAUUAAAGCCAUGUUCCAGAUCACAAAGAUCUCUAAUGCAACGCUCAAGAAGUUUAGCGUGAGACUCUUCAAGCCUACCAAGAGUCUGGUUUUCCCCUGGUUCGGUGGACCUGAUUCCUCUUUAAAGGGGAUCAAACUCUUAUUGGCCCAAAGAACAGACUCAGACAGAGUCACUUAUAAUGAAGCUACAGUCCCAAAGAGCAGCUCCUACUACAACUUGUUCGGCCUCCCUCUGGUAAGCCGUGUGGACUCGGAGGUGGUUGUUACUGGUCAGGAACUGGAUGCUCUGGCAGUGAGUCAGGCCACCGGACUCCCCAGCGUCGCUCUGCCCCGGGGGGUGAGCUGCCUCCCGCCCAUCCUGCUGCCGUACCUGGAGCAGUUCAAACGGGUGACGCUGUGGCUGGGGGGAGACAUUCGCUCCUGGGAGGCCUCCAAGAUCUUUUCUCGGAAGCUGGGCCUGAGGCGCUGCUCGCUGGUGCGUCCCGGAGAGUUCCGGCCGUGUCCGGUGGAGGCCCUGGCCCGAGGACAGAACCUCGGCCACAUCAUCAAGGCCUCCAUCCCAGCAGCUCACAAAUCCAUCGUUUCCUUCAAGCAGCUGAGAGACGACGUGUACGGAGAGCUGGUCAACACGGACCAGGUGGCUGGAGUGAAGUGGACCAGGUUUCCAGAACUCAACAGGAUCCUGAAGGGACAUCGCAAAGGAGAGCUGACUGUUUUUACAGGUCCGACUGGAAGCGGGAAGACCACCUUCAUCAGCGAGCUGGCCUUGGAUCUGUGCAUGCAGGGCGUCAACACGCUGUGGGGAAGCUUCGAGAUCAACAACGUGCGUCUGGCCAAGAUCAUGCUGACGCAGUUCGCCAUGCAGAGGCUGGAGGAGAACCUGGAGCAGUACGACUUCUGGGCCGACAAGUUCGAGGAGCUUCCACUCUACUUCAUGACGUUCCACGGACAGCAGAACAUCAAGACGGUGCUGGACACCAUGCAACAUGCUGUCUACCUGUAUGACAUCAACCACGUCAUCAUUGAUAAUCUGCAGUUCAUGAUGGGACAAGAAAACCUCUCAGUAGACAAGUUUGCAGUCCAGGACCACAUUAUCGGAAUUUUCAGGAAGUUUGCCACCAACAGCAGCUGCCACGUUACUCUGAUCAUUCACCCGAGGAAAGAGGAGGACGAUCGAGAGCUUCAGACGGCGUCUAUCUUUGGUUCUGCAAAGGCCAGCCAAGAAGCCGACAACGUCCUGAUCCUGCAGGAGAAGAAGCUGGUAACGAGCCCCGGCCGCAGAUCUCUGCAGGUGACGAAGAAUCGCUUCGACGGAGACGUGGGCAUCUUCCCUCUGGACUUCAUCAAGGCUUCGCUCACCUUUUCAACCCCCAUCAAAGGCAAACAUAAGCUGAGGAAGGUCGCUAACAAGCCAGAAAACGAGGAGGAGGUGGAGAGGAAAGCAGUGGGAGCAGCGCCAGUGAAGAAGGAGGAGGUUAAAAAAGAGAAAGCAGAGAAGGCGACUAAAGCAACAAAAACUCCACGAACUGUUAAAAGUCCUGCAACCGGACAUGAAACAACCCAGAAGUAAUAAUAGAAAGUAUUAUUCAAAGUAUGGAUCAUUUUCUCUGUUGAUCAGGACGAGGAUGUGACGGUUGGAGAUGAUCGAGACUCAAAGCUUUUGUAUGAAAGAUCAUGUUUUAUGUCAACAACAAGUUCAGCUAAGGUGAAUAUAAACAUAUGAAAUAUAUGGAAGGAAGAAAUGUUACAACCAGAAUGAUGGUGAAGUGGUUAAACUCCUCCUCCUGCUCUGUGUUUAGUCUGAAUUCUCCGUUAAAAAUGUUUAAUAUCAGUUUAAAACGAUACUGUGACUCCAAAAGCUACUGGUUUUAUGAGCGUGUUUUAUGUUUCAUGCUAACAUUUGCUCUCAUACAUCACCACAAUGUGUUCUCUACUGACUUUUUGUACAACUAUGAUUUACUAAAUGAACUGUUUUUUGUAAUAAAAUGCACCUGAUGCUGA